AUUUUUAUUUAGCCAUCCCUGAUCAGCCAACCACUUGACUGCAAUUCGGGAUUUUUUGGUGGAGCAAUUACUAGCCAACUCUAGGGAUUUCUGGUAAACCUAUAUCUGGGGAGGAGCUAGGACUCUUAGAGACCAAGGCAGUUUUCUUUCUUGAAAAACUACCCAACGCUCCGUGAUAAAGUCUUCUACUUCUUUCUUCAUCAGCUACACGCAGAAAAAUGUUGGAGAAGCAGCGGGUCAUGUACACUCCAAGACAUCCAAAUGGGACCCUUGAUAGAAAGGGGAAAAUGACAGCCUGGCCCCUCUCCAGGUUGUGGAGAGACUCUGAUCCAAUGCUGUUCCAAGUGACCUUGGCUGCUGCUCUGUUGGCUACUGUUCUUGGUGAUUGUGGUUUACCACCCGAUAUACAGUUUGCUGCUCCAGCAAGUGUGCUCAAUGAGACAAGCUUUAAAACUGGAACUACUCUGAAAUACAACUGCCGCCCUGGCUACAGUAGGACCAGUUCAAAACAUCAGUAUCUUAUCUGUGAGAAAGGAGGCAGGUGGUACUAUAUUACCUUCUGUGUCAAGAGACAAUGCAGCAACCCAGGAGAAUUACAUAAUGGGCAAGUGAUCAUUAAGACAGAUUACUCUUUUGGAUCACAAAUCGAAUUCAGCUGUUUCGAAGGAUAUAUCUUAAUUGGCUCAACCACUAGUCAUUGUGAGAUCCAAGAUAAAACAGUUGCCUGGAGUGAUCCUUUCCCAGAAUGUGUGAUUGCCCAGUGUCAAGCCCCUCCAGACAUCAGCAAUGGGAAACACACUGGUGGAUAUGAAGAUGACUACCGAUAUGGCUCUUCUGUUACCUACAGUUGUGACAAAGGCUUCUCAAUGUUAGGCAAAGCUUCCAUUUCCUGCACAGUGGAGAAUAAAACAACAGGUGUCUGGAGCCCCAGCCCUCCUACCUGUAAAAAAAUCAGCUGUCAUCGGCCAUAUGUUAAAGAUGGAAAAAUAGUCACGGGAUUUGGACCCAGCUAUACUUACAAAGACUCUGUUGAAUUUGACUGCAAUAAAGGUUUUAACCUCAAAGGCAGCAGUUUAAUCCAUUGUGGAGCUGAUAACAACUGGAAUCCACCUCCUCCCAUUUGUGAGCUCAAUAGUUGUGUUGACUUACCAGAUAUCCCACAUGCUUCCUGGGAAAUAUAUCACUACCACAAGCCACCAAAAGGAGAACUGUAUGAUGUUGAGACUGUGUUGAAAUACCACUGCUAUCCUGGCUAUAAACCUGCUGAAGAUAAGCCUACGACUGUGACUUGUCAGAGAAAUUUGACGUGGACCUCAUAUGUAGAAUGUCAGGAGGUGUGUUGCCCAGAACCAGAUCUGACGAAUGGCAAAAUCCUUCAAAGGAGAAAAAAAAGUGUUGCCAGUAGCUGUGACUAUUUCUAUGGAGACUCGAUUUCAUAUUUAUGUUUUGGGAGAGAAGUCUUUGACGCUUCAUGCCAAGGGGAUGGCACGUGGAGUCCUGAAACACCAACAUGUGAACGCAGUUGCAGUCAUCCUCCUGUCAUCGCCCACGGACAUUAUGAAAAAGUUGGUCGAUUCUAUAAUAGAAAUAAGGAUAUUAAAUAUGAAUGUGACAAAGGAUACGUGCUGCAUGGACAGGACACGCUCUCUUGCAGUUCUUCACGCUGGUCACCUGAAGCCCCUCAAUGCAAAGCUCUGUGUCUGAAACCAGAGAUAGAACAUGGAAAGCUGUCUGUGGACAAGCAACAGUAUAUUGAAUCUGAAAAUGUCACCAUCCAGUGUGACUCUGGCUAUGGUGUGGUCGGUUCCCCAAAUAUCACCUGCUCAGAGGACAGGACCUGGUACCCAGAGGUGCCCAAGUGUGAGUGGGAGGUCCCUGCAGGCUGUGAGCGCGUUCUAGCAGGCAUAAGCAUCAUGAAGUGUCUCCCAAAUGUGGCAGAUGUGAAAAUGGCUCUGGAGGUGUAUAAGUUGUCCUUGGAGAUUGAACGCCUGGAACGAGAGAGAGAUGAAGCGAGAAAACCCACUUGAGCUAUCCCUAUUUUUCUCAAAGAUGGAGGAAAACGUGCGUUGCUGCCUUCAGUUCAACACAGAUCACUUCAGCUUAGCAACUCUACCAUCUCUUUGGCCCCAAACUCAUUAUAAUAGAUAUCUACAAAGGAUAAUUUACUAAUGUUUAGUGCUUUGAGAUUAUAGAAUCAUAGAUCUUCUUGUAGCUCAGAAUUUUGCUUUUGGAUGUGUAAUGUAUUUUUCAAGUAAAAAACUUAUGUAUCAAACCUGA